GGUUUCAUUACUGAGCAGUAGGUGUUCGCGCGCGCUUUUACGCAGAGCUGCCGGGAGCGUCCGAGCGCACGCACAGCCUCCAGUAUGGCUCUCCGCUACUCCCAAACACUCCCUGCGGUUGUGCUGCUGAUACUGGCGAUAGUCGGGAUUCUGCUGGUGGUCCUCCCUGCCAAAAACGUGGAGACCCCUCCUGAAUACAUGUAUGGAAUAGUUCUAGAUGCAGGCUCAUCCCACACCUCCAUGUACAUCUACAAAUGGCCGGCUGACAAGCAAAAUGGCACUGGUAUUGUUACCCAGCACAGCGAGUGUAAUGCACAAGGUGGAGGGAUAUCCAGUUAUGCGGGUGUUCACGGUGGGGCAGCAGAAAGUCUGAAGGCCUGUCUGGAACAAGCUGUGAAGGUUAUCCCCAAAUCCAGGCACCACCAAACUCCACUCCAGCUGGGAGCUACUGCAGGCAUGAGACUCUUGAACAUAGUCAAUGCCACAGAGACCCAGCGGUUACUGAAAGAAGUGGAAAACAAACUGCGGUCUUACCCAUUCAAAUUCAAAGAGGCAAUCAUCCUGAGUGGACAAGAGGAGGGGGCAUACGGCUGGGUCACAGUCAACUACUUACUUGAAAACUUUGUCAAGUAUGGUUUUGUCAGGCGUUGGCUGAAUCCUGGCAGAGCAACAAUUGGAGCUUUGGAUUUAGGCGGAGCUUCCACACAAAUCGCUUUUGAGACCUCGGAAAAGGUGGAGGACAAGGAUAAUGCGAUGGAGCUAAAGCUUUAUGGAAAAACCUACAGAAUAUACACCCAGAGCUUCCUAUGCUAUGGCCAAGACCAGUUCCUGCGGAGACUGCUGGCUCAUCUUAUCAAGAAUGAAGGUGUGAAGCCUCAAGUGUCCAAUCCCUGCUAUCCACAUCAGUUCAAUAUAUCUAUCAAGCUAGGGAAGGAUGUCUUUGAUUCUCCGUGUACUAAAAGCUACAGACCUGCCCAGUUUAACCCCCAGAUGUCAGUAUCAGUAGUGGGCACAGGAGAUUACCAGAAAUGCUUGGACAACGUAAAAGAGAUUUUCUCCUUCGACAACUGCUCUUAUUCCAAGUGCUCCUUUAAUGGAGUCUUCCAACCCAAUGUGAGAGGAAGCUUCAUGGCAUUCUCUGCCUUUUUCUUCGCUCACAGCUACAUCACCAACCUCACAAGCAUCCCUCUCACAUCCCCCAGUCGACUGGAGAAGGCAAUACGAAUCAUCUGCAACCUGACCAUCUCUGAGAUGACAAAAAGGACAAAUCAGAAAGAGAAACACAUGAAGAACGUCUGUGCCGUCUCCAAUUUCAUCCAGGUCCUCUUACUGCAGGGCUACAAAUUCAACGAGACCUCCCUUCCGUCCAUCUCUUUUCAGAAAAAGGCGGGAGGGGCAUCUGUAGGCUGGGCUUUGGGGUACAUGCUGAGUCGGAGCAACUUGGUACCAGCAGAGGGACUGGGACUGAUGAAGGCUCUCGCCCUAGGGCCCUGGGCUGGCAUUCUCUUCCUCUUCAUCGCCAUCCUCCUCAUUGCAUUGGGAUACCUAAUCGUGAUCUACAGACGCACAAAAAAUAAAGAAGGCAUGGUAUAAGAGCAAGGGUGACACACCUCCCAGCCCAACUCAUAUUCAUCUGUGUACACAUGUCCAUUCAAAACAUUCAGUCUCUUUUAGAGAAAAUGCUUCUUUGAAAAAAAAAAUUCUUUGCACUAUUUUUUGUUUUGAUUGUUGUGCUUUUUAAUACUCGUAAAACAUAAUUUCUUCGUAAUACUGUUAGAGUGAUGCAAUGACAUCAAAGCUUCUUAUGGCUUAUGUAUGUUAGUGAAGUCAAUAAAUCAGUAAAAUAUGGCCUGUAAAAUUGUCUUUGCAAAACCUUUUUGUUACUUGUGGAGACACAUGUCAGUGUGUGUGAAAUUAAACUACAGAAUAAACCAUGUUUUUUGUAAG